AUGUCCGCUUUUGCUCCACGCUACCAUCUCUUCUGUAACACCGUUUCAGCCCAAGCUGGGGCCAUAAUUGUUUCUGUGGAGUACGGAGUCUUCCCGAUCGACCCUACCGGCUUGUACGAAGACUCAUGGGCUGCACUCCAGUGGGUGGCGUCCCGUCAGUGGAAAUGGACCCGACCUUGGCUGAAUGAUCAUGCUGUUUCAACAAAGUUUUUCAUGUGGAGUCAUGCUGGAGGUAAUAUUUCGCAUACUCUGGCGUUCCGUCGGGUCAAUCGGAUCCCAGCUGACACGCCGGCAGAGGAUCUGGCUAAGCUCGGGUGCGAGAGGGUGUUGAUAUUUGUGGCGGAGAAAUCAUCUGAAUGUUGUGGGGAAAAAUUACCAUGA